AAUAAAUUCCAUUUCAAGCAGUUGCAGAUAGAAUUUCGAAAUCCAGCUGCAGGAGCACUAAACAUUGUCGCCUGCUUCAGUCCAUUGUUCCUCAGUGAUAACUGGCAAUUGUUAUUGAUAUCACUGGAACUACAUAAAUUUUAUGGUGCAUCGCUACAAGUUCAUUACAUACAAAGUAUUCUGAGUGAGACGAUGGCGAUUUUGAAAAUCUAUGAAGCGCAAAAAGUAGUAAGCAUUGAGCCGUGGUCGAAGAUAAAUUUCGAUAAACUAAAUAUAGCAUAUGAUCCAAAUCUGGAAUUAAACUGGAGAAAUCAAGAGUCAGCUAUGUGCGAUUGUCUCUUGAAAUACAAAGAAUCGGCGUCUUUCAUAAUUUUUGGCGAUAUCGAUGAUGUGCUUAUUCCACGGAUGUCAAAUUCUUUUUUCGCAGAAUUUACCUAUUUUCAUUCGUUAUUUCCUAAGGCUGCUGCAUUUCUUUAUGAUCGACAUCAGGUUUCCAUUAAAGCAGAGCGAAAUCCUUUAAAUUUUUCACUUGCUCGUACCAUUUCUCGAACAAAAAUUACAAAUGAUUUGGAUGAUCCAAAAUCUAUAGCUAUCCCAUCAAGGAUUCAUUCUACAUUCAUUCACUGGCCAGGAAUAGUGCUACCUGGAUAUAAUAUUCAAAGAAUUAAGAAUACUACAAAUUUUAUGCUGCAUCUGCGCCACUGGCAAUCUGAAGUAAUCGCUAAAAAUAUUUCUGAAUUAAAAAUUAGCAAGAAUGUUACCCGGGAAAUCGAUAGGACUUUCCAUAAUUUUGUGGAAAAAUAUGCGAUUAAAGAAUUUAUGGACCUGCCAUCAAGAAAUUUCUAUUUUCCUUUAAUUGAGCAAUGUUACAAUGCCAUAUUUUAUUCAAAAGCCAAGCAACCUGAUUUUUGUCCUACUCCGAUGAGAUGUAACGUGACUCCAGUCAUUGGUGUUCGUUGCACCCUAGGCAAAAAUAUCUAUAAAUCUAAUAAACUGGGUGGUAUAACUGUGCAUACAGUACAAUGGACUGGAUAUGAGGAAUUUGAUGAUGGAUGUCGAAUCAAAUAG